GAUGUCGAAGACGCUGAAGAAGAAGAAGCACUGGCUGAGCAAGGUGCAGGAGUGCGCCGUGUCCUGGAGCGGGGCCCCCGGCGGCGACCUGGGCGCCGAGCUGCUUCGGGGCGGCGCGGAGCACGGCGAGUUCCCGUCCCUGGGGCGGCUCCGCGAGGAAGGCGGCGGCGGCGGUGGGGGUGCAGCCCCGCCGGGCACCUGCUGCGUGGUGGUGGUGGCGGGCAAGGCGCCCAGCCCCGGGGACGUGCUGCUCGAGGUGAACGGGACGCCCGUGAGCGGACUCACCCACCGGGACACUCUGGCUGUCAUCCGCCACUUCCGCGAGCCCAUCCGUCUCAAGACGGUGAAGCCAGGUAAAGUCAUCAAUAAAGAUUUACGGCAUUACUUGAGCCUUCAGUUUCAGAAAGGAUCAAUUGACCACAAACUGCAGCAGGUGAUCAGAGAUAAUCUCUACUUGAGAACCAUUCCCUGCACUACAAGGGCCCCCAGGGAUGGGGAAGUACCAGGGGUGGACUAUAAUUUCAUUUCUGUUGAACAAUUCAAAGCACUGGAAGAGAGUGGAGCAUUAUUAGAAAGUGGAACGUAUGAUGGAAACUUUUAUGGAACUCCCAAACCUCCAGCAGAACCCAGUCCUUUCCAGCCUGACCCUGUUGACCAAGUCCUCUUUGAUAAUGAAUUUGACACUGAAUCCCAAAGAAAACGAACUACAUCUGUUAGUAAGAUGGAAAGAAUGGACAGCUCUCUGCCUGAAGAAGAAGAAGAUGAGGAAAAGGAAGCUGUUAAUGGCAGUGGACAUGCAGAAGCCAGAGAAAGGCUUUCUGAGUCAUCUGACUGGAUGAAGACGAUCCCGAGUUACAACCAAACCAACAGUUCUAUGGAUUUUAGAAAUUAUAUGAUGAGAGAUGAGAAUCUGGAACCGCUACCACCAAACUGGGAAAUGGCCUAUACCGAUACAGGGAUGAUCUACUUCAUUGACCACAAUACCAAGACAACCACCUGGUUGGAUCCUCGUCUUUGUAAGAAAGCCAAAGCCCCUGAAGACUGUGAAGAUGGAGAACUUCCUUAUGGCUGGGAGAAAAUAGAGGAUCCUCAGUAUGGAACAUACUAUGUUGAUCAUCUUAACCAGAAAACUCAAUUUGAAAAUCCUGUGGAGGAAGCCAAAAGGAAAAAGCAAUUAGGACAGACUGAUGCCAUUUCUUCAAAACCAGAUACAGAAAAGUCACACUUCACUCGAGAUCCCUCUCAGCUGAAAGGCGUGCUUAUUCGCGCAUCUUUAAAAAAAAGCACAAUGGGAUUUGGCUUCACCAUCAUCGGUGGGGAUCGGCCUGAUGAGUUCCUGCAGGUGAAGAAUGUGCUGAAGGAUGGGCCUGCUGCUCAGGAUGGGAAGAUCGCUCCAGGUGAUGUUAUUGUAGAUAUCAAUGGCAGCUGUGUCCUGGGUCACACGCAUGCAGAUGUUGUCCAGAUGUUUCAGUUGGUACCUGUCAAUCAGUAUGUAAACCUCACUUUAUGCCGUGGGUAUCCACUUCCGGAUGACAAUGAAGAUUCUGUGGUGGACAUUAUUACUGCUACUCCUGUCAUCAAUGGGCAGCUAUUAACCAAGGGAGAGACUUGUGUGAACACUCAGGAUUUUAAGUCAGGAACAGUGGCUCUGGACCAGAAUGGAAAAUCAGUACACACCUUGACCAUUGAUCGUCACAAUGGACCAUCAGAUCCCAGUGAGCAAAGAGCAUCUCUGGCCUCCUCAGGGAGCUCCCAGCCCGAGCUUGUGACUAUCCCUCUAGUGAAGGGCCCGAAAGGCUUUGGGUUUGCAAUUGCUGACAGCCCCACAGGACAAAAAGUGAAAAUGAUCUUGGAUAGUCAGUGGUGCCAAGGCCUACAGAAAGGAGACAUAAUUAAAGAAAUUUACCAUCAAAAUGUGCAGAAUUUAACGCACCUCCAAGUGGUAGAGGUGCUGAAGCAGUUUCCUGUUGGUGCAGAUGUGCCAUUGCUAAUCUUGAGAGGAGGUCCUCCUUCCCCAACGAAAACUGCCAAAAUGAAAACUGAUAAGAAAGAAAAUUCAGGAAGUUUAGAGGCCAUAAAUGAGACUCUUCCUCAGCCUAUGCCUUUCCCACCCAGCAUAAUCAGGUCAGGAUCCCCCAAAUUGGAUCCUUCUGAGGUCUACCUGAAGUCCAAGACUUUAUAUGAAGAUAAACCACCAAACACCAAAGAUUUGGAUGUUUUUCUUCGGAAGCAGGAAUCAGGAUUUGGCUUCAGGGUGCUUGGAGGAGAUGGCCCUGAUCAGUCUAUAUACAUUGGAGCCAUCAUUCCUCUGGGUGCCGCUGAGAAAGAUGGCCGGCUCCGAGCAGCAGAUGAACUGAUGUGCAUCGAUGGGAUUCCCGUCAAAGGGAAAUCACACAAGCAAGUCUUAGACCUUAUGACAACCGCUGCGCGGAAUGGCCAUGUAUUACUGACUGUCAGAAGAAAGAUCUUCUCUGGGGAGAAAGCAGCUGAGGAUGAGAGUUCUCAAGCUGUUGUGUCAGCACAGAAUGGAUCUCCCCGCCUGAACAGGGCAGAGAAUACUACUCGACCUGCUCCCCAGGAGGCCUAUGAUGUACACUUGCAAAGAAAAGAAAAUGAAGGCUUUGGCUUUGUCAUCCUCACCUCCAAAAACAAGCCACCUCCUGGAGUUAUUCCUCAUAAAAUUGGACGAGUCAUAGAAGGAAGUCCCGCAGAUCGCUGUGGAAAGUUGAAAGUUGGAGACCACAUUUCGGCAGUGAAUGGGAAGUCCAUUGUUGAACUGUCCCACGAUAACAUAGUCCAACUGAUCAAAGAUGCCGGCAUCAGUGUCACAUUGACAGUCAUUCCUGAGGAUGAGCAUCAUGGUCCUUCAUCAGGAACAAAUUCAGCCCGGCAAAGCCCAGCCCUGCCACACAGGCCUACGGGACAGUCACAGGCCAACCACCUUCCUGGGGACAGAAGCACCCUAGAAGGUGAUGGUGGAAAAGGUGACGCUUCAGUGACUUACAGACACUCCUGGUCUGACCACAGGCACCUGGCUCAGCCCGACACAGCAGUGAUUUCGGUAGUGGGCGGCUGGCACACACAGAGCCUCUGUUACCCCGUAGAGCUGGAGCGAGGCCCCCGGGGCUUUGGGUUCAGCCUCCGAGGCGGGAAGGAGUACAACAUGGGGCUGUUCAUCUUGCGGCUGGCAGAGGACGGCCCAGCCAUCAAGGAUGGCAGAAUUCAUGUUGGUGACCAGAUCGUUGAAAUCAAUGGGGAGCCUACACAAGGCAUCACACAUACUCGAGCAAUUGAGCUCAUUCAGGCUGGUGGAAAUAAAGUUCUUCUUCUUUUGAGACCGGGAACUGGCUUGAUACCUGACCAUGGUGACGGGAAUAGUAACCCUUCAUCUCCAGAUGUGAUCUAUGAUGAACAGUCACCAUUUCCCCCACCCUCACAUUCUGCUUCCACAUUUGAGGAGUCUCAUGUACCAGUAACCGAAGACUCUUCACCGAGAGUUCACAUAUGUGAAAAGGCAGAAGAAUUAAAAGACAUUGUGCCUGAAAAGAAAAGCACUUUAAGUGAAAAUCAACCUGAUGCAAAGCAUCAGUCUCAUCUCCAGAAAAAUGUGAAUCAAAGGGACCCACCCCAUGGGCACAGUGACAAAAAACAUCUCUUAAAAGUAGAAAACAAUGUUACACCCAGAGGUCGAUCUGCUAGCCCCCCACAUCGAGCUCGUCACUCUGCGGAGGAACAUUCAGAAAAGAGACCCAAUCCACAUAAAAACGAGCCUAAAAGAAGACCCAGAGAUCAAUCACUCAGUCCCAGGAAAGGGGAGAAUAAAACUAGCGAGGUCAGCACCCAAGUGGGUUCUGGACAAGAUCAGUGCAGGAAAGGCAGAGGACGUUCUUCGAGCCCCAAAAAGCAACCAAAAACUGAAGGAAGCAAAAAUCGGGCAAAUGCUGAAGCCAAGUCAUCAGAGGCUGAGAGGCGAAAAGCAGGGGCCCACAGCAGUGACAAGGCCAAGCCGGUCUUGGAUGGGAAAGAAAAGUCGGGCGUUAUCAGAAAAGAUGGGAAGCAGAGCCAGUCUGGGAAAAACAGGACAAGGUCUCCGGAGAAAAAAACCAAAAAGAUGGACGAAAAGUCUCAUAAGACUACCACUGCCUCAAGCAGUAAAGCAGCCUUAGAAAAUGAGAAAGGAAAGAGAGCAACCUCAGGAGAAACAGGUCCCAGCAAGGAGAAAAUGGGAGACAAUGUCCACGUGUCAGAAAAGAAGCUGAGGAAGGAACCUGCAGAGAGAACGACAUUAACCCAGGUCGAGGCUCACAAAAGCAAAGAACCAGAGGCCUCUGACAAAGGCAGAGAGAGUGAAGGGCUCAAACCAGAAAGUGCUUCGCUGGCUAAGAAAGCCCCAAUUACUCCCGGACCCUGGAAAGUGCCGAGUGCAAAUAAGGCUGCUGGCAGCACCGGGGUGACCGAGAAGCGGCUGUGACCUUUCAUGUAAAAGAGAAGAAAAGGGAAUCUCUCCUUCCUGAAACGCAGCAUCCCACCGCACCCUACCCCCCCACAAUGUCUUUUUAACAGAAAUUCUGAAAUGAAUGUCACUACAUUUUGAGCUUCAAGUUAUCAGACCGCAUGAAGGGCCUUAGGAUUGUCAGACCCAGGGUCUGGUGAUGGCUGCCUCCUCGCUCAGGAAGGAGUUAUAGCUACUUGCUGACACACUGGCCUUUCCUCAAGCUGCCCAGCCCAUCUCAUGAGUGUCCCAACAACUGACAUCUGUGGAGACUAAUAAUGUGCUCACAGCUCAGUUUGUAUAUGUGCCAAGUUAUCUACUGUAAUAUGUCGAUUUUAGCCUUCUCAGAUAUUUCCACAGUGAUGAAAACAUAGGUUUGGCUUGGAAACUAAUAUUCUUCAUAGCAUGUUGCAUGUGUACAAAGAAAGACUGAGCUCAUGCGGGA